UUUGUUUUCCCACAUCCAGCUGUUCACAAAAUGGCGGCCACGGCGCUGGCAGGCUGCGGGGUGGACGGGCCCGUGAUGGAGGCGAAGAAGUUCGAGUAUUUCUCCUCCAUCAACUCCAUGGCCCGGAAGAUCAUGCAGGAGCGGGAGAAGAUCAAGGAGCAGUUCGGGCCGGCCUGGGAGGACAUGAGCCCGGCCGAGCAGGACACGGCCAUAGACGACGGCAUGAUGGACCCUAAGGUCCGCGCCCGGUACGCCAUGCACCGACUGGACCGGGAGGAGGUGAUCUGCUACCCCAAACUGCUGAUCCAGACCGGACAGAAGAUCGUACACUUCGGAGAGGAGGAUUUAACUUGGCAGGACGAGCACUCAGCACCCUUCUCCUGGGAGACCAAAAGUCAGCUGGAUUUUAGUGUAAUCUCUGGAGCUCCAGAGACAGUCCUCUCGUCCUCUGUGCCCGAAUCCAAACCCAAGACAUCCCAAAGCAGCCGGCGGGAGGAGGAGUCCUCGUUCUGGAAAAUCAGUGCUGAACGUUCCAGGCUGGAGGGAGAAAAGGCAGAUUUCCAGUCUCUGACCCCUAGUCAGAUAAAGUCUCUGGAGAAAGGAGAAAAGCCGCUGCCUUCGUACCUGCGGUCGGACGCCGGCGGGGAGGAGCAUCAGGCUCCACAGGUUCCUCAGGUCCCUCAAGUCCCUCGACCCGCAAAGCAGAGGGCCCCUAAACCUCCGGCACCUCCCCCACCUCCACCUGCACCCAUCAGCGUCACCCCUGCAGCCCUGAAUGUCGCCCCUGCCCCUGUCCUCCUCCCUCCGGCGCCAUCUGGAGGCUGGGAGAGAUCCCAGAGCACGCUGCCCGCUGCCAACAGCCCGCUGGAUGAUGUGUUUAGCCCAGGAUUAACCACCAAGACUCAGCCUCACCCCAUUCCAGCUAAACAGCCAGAGAGAACAGAAAACACGACACCAGCUGCCAGCCCUACCUUCUCACAAUUUAAUACAAGUAGCUCUAUCCUGAAGACUGGCUUUGACUUCUUGGACAACUGGUAACACUUAAACACACACGUGGAGCAGUGGAUCCAUUCCUGAGAUAACGGACCUACAACCUUCUCACACUACAGAGCAGUUCCUCAUUAUUUAUAGAUUCUAAUUAAAGCUACAGUCAGUCUGUUAUGUAUACUGAACUAUGUUUUUACCUAUCGAUCCUCAAUUCUUACUGUGCGUUAUUGAAAUAGGGCAUGGCGGUGAAAAUACUUUGACAGCAUUCUAAAUAAGUUGACAGCAUCCAAAAAAUUAAGAUGUUAAUCAGUGGAAGACAUCUAAAUUCAUUCUCUAUUUAAUUUUCCCCCAUUGUUCAACUCUAACGUUUUCAACUUAUUUCAGAUUUUGAUUAUAGUGAACUCUAAUACUCAAAUGAAGGAAUGUAUUCCUGAAUCUUACUGAUUGUAGCUUUAAAAUACCAACUGUGUCUGAUACUCUGCUUUAUUCACUAUUCCCUACAUGAAACAAUCCAAAAGGCUCUGAUUGAAACAUUUAUACAGCAUUUCAGUUGCUUUUCAUGUUCAGGUUCAGUUUAUGUUGAAACACAACAUGUGUUGUUACAGUGCACAGAAAAUUUGGCACUAGAUUUUCUAUCGGGUUUUAAAAUGGAUUUUUUUUUAUGUAGUGCACUAUAUAGUGAAUAGGGCACGGUUUUGGACGCAGAUACAGUUAUUCACUCUUUCUUAGCUCAAUUCCUGUUCAUACACACUUACUAUACACUAGGACUGCACGAUAUGGAUAAAAUCUAAUAUUGCGAUUAUAUUGCUGCAUAUUAAGAGUGUAGUAUUUCUUUCAGUGUGUUAAAAAUAUUAUUUUAAUAAAUAGGAUGAAAGGUGCAUCAAUUUGAAAAUGUAUUUAGUCCAUCAGAUAUCAGUCAGUAAUUAACCAAUUAUAUAUCGUGCAGCCCUAUGCUAAACCUUUUCUUUCAUGUUGUUAAAUGAAUGAACAUGGAUGAAUGUGUGAGUAAUAGGGCAAUAAUAUGUACAGCUACCAUUCGAUCUCCAUGUGAACUGGAUAAGACCCUGAAAGGGGUCUAUGUGGAAGGUGAUGAAGCGAUACUUUACCCAAAAGUGCUAGUUCGAAAGCAUUGCAGGAUUUAUGCAAGGAUAAAGAAAUGGCUGGUUUGCCUUGUUAGCGUGUGAGCAUUUUUAGAUGUGGUAUUCCUUUGAGUGUUUCUUGUUUGUUUCUUCUCUUUACUGAGCAGUCUGCCUUGUAGCUCUGCCUCACUGCCUGGCGUUUCCUUCUUUCUCUUUGUUAUUUAGACCUCAGUACUAGUGCUGCAAUGCUUUAGAGAGCAGAUAUGGAUGUACACUAGCAUGGUUUUAAAGUGAUGCAUUUUACACUACAAGCAUAUGUCAAUUUUGUAGACUUUUUAUACACAACCUGUCUUUCAUUCGUUUGUUUGUUGUUUUUUGUUUAUGAUCAUGUAUUGCGCUCUUGACUCUUUUUUUUUUUUGUUCAGAUUUGUAUUUAUGAGGCCUCGUCCCAAAUCCUCUAAAACGAUAUGUUUCCUUAUCUUGGCAGGAGAAAGACUGAGCAAGGACCAGAUGUAUUAAAAGUUGCAUGUGUACAGUAAAAUAACAGGCUGUGCCUGAAGGUUUAGUCUGUGUGUUGAUUGCUGUUUGUGGCCUGAGCUGUAGCUCCAGAAUUAGAUUCAUCAUAUUGUUACUGGUACAUUUAAAACUUGGGCUUUUUUUUUUUUUUUUGAGGGCCAGAUGCAUUUUGAUAAAUGCUUAUUAUUCUACUUAUUCCGGCAUGUUUCUUUUCCAAACACCCGGUUUUCUCUGUGUAAACAAUGGGAUAUAAAAUUCCAUUCACUUCAAUUUAGUCUGUAACAUUAAACUAACUGUUGAUUAUGCCUUGGCAGGUUAAAACAAAAGAAAUACUUUGGUGAAAUGUCAGUUAAUUGUGAUUGAUCACCAGAUGUAGUAGAUUACACAAGACAUGUUUGGUACCUAAAAUUUGUUUCUCAAGUUAAGAAAAGACAUGCUAGGCUAACAGGUACUGGAUGUCACAAUCAUCAACAAAAAAUUAAACUGUCCAGAUAUAAUUUCACCAAUAAUUAUUAAAUAUGUUAUAUAACACCUCAGCUGUCAUAUUGUAAAAUAUAUGUUCCAUACCUUACUUUUUUGCUGAUUUUAUCUGUUAGUGUUCAUGGUGAAAAGCCUUUUCAGCAAACAUCUGGUCAGAUAUUGAAGGAAAACAAUUUGGAUUCAAGCAAUACAAACUAAAGCAGCUGUUUUUAAUCCCAGGACCGCACACUCAGCACGUUUUUGUGGAUUUUCCGCUCUGACACACCUGACUCGGCCUAGGAUAGUUUUGAUAAGCUUACUGAGGUGUCCUAGAGAAAUGGGGUGGGCAGGAACUGGGACUAAGCACAGCAGAUCUGAAAAAUCAGAGAUUUUUGCUUGCGCUGGGCAUCUGGCAAAGCAGGCAAGGAUGAGGAAAGUGUUGUUGAGGCUUGUGGACGAGGCAAAACACUUGUACACAUGAAAUAAACCAUGUGUUAGAGCUGGUAUUCCUGCAUUCUGAUAUUGUUAAUGCAAAAAGAUAAUAAAUAUUGGGUACCUCAA